CGCGUGGCCGCCAUCGCUCGCCGAACGCCUUCCGCGGAGGACUGCCUGAGGAAGAACCUUGGGAACGUGGAGGGCCAUGGCGGAGUCGAAGCUUCUGGCACCAGAGUUAAGCGAUGCAGAGUCGAUGGGUGAUGAGACCGUGCGGUUUCAGGAGAUGCUACUGCAGGCUUCCAAAGAGCUCCAGCAAGCCCAGAUGGAAAGGUCAGAAUCUACACAGAUCCGGCCUCAGCCUGGUUUCUGCAUAAAGACCAACUCAUCGGAAGGAAAGGUUUUCAUCAACAUCUGCCACUCUCCCUCCAUCCCUCCCCCGGUGGACGUGACUGAGGACGAACUGCUUCAGAUGCUGGAGGAGGACCAAGCUGGCUUCCGAAUCCCCAUGAGCCUGGGAGAGCCACAUGCUGAGCUGGAUGCAAAAGGUCAGGGCUGUACUGCCUAUGAUGUUGCCGUCAACAGCAACUUCUACCUGAGGAUGCAGAACAGCGAUUUCUUGCGGGAGCUGGUGGUCACCAUUGCCAGAGAGGGGCUUGAGGACAAGUAUGGUUUACAGCUAAAUCCAGAAUGGCGCAUGCUGAAGUAUCGGCCUUUCCUGGGCUCCAUCUCACAGCAGAACAUUCGCUCCCAGCAACGCCCUCAGAUCCAGGAGCUGGGGACCCUUGAGGGCCCAGAACGGCCUCACCUGAACCUUUGGUUGGAAGCCCCUGACCUCCUCUUGGCCGAAGUUGACCUCCCAAAGCUGGACGGAGCUCAAGGGCUGACCCUGGAGAUUGGAGAGAGUCACCUGGUGAUGGGAGGCUCCCAGCAACUGUACCGCCUCAAUGCCUCCAUUCCCCUGCGGAUCAACCCUGAGGCAAGCAGGGCUGCUUUCCACCACCGGAGAAAGCUGAUGGUGUUCUUGCCCCUCCUGUCAGUGUCUUGACCGGAAUCUCCUUGUAUCUCCAGAGGUGGAGAACAUGUUGGUGUCUUCUCUAAAUGUGAAGUAAACAGUCUUUCCAGUUCUUUCCAGCUUCAGAAAUGAAGACAUGGCGGGUGGAAGGGAAGAGGGCUAUCAGCUCUGACCCUGGUGUCCCUAGACGUCCCUGGCCUUCUGGACUCCUUUCUUCAUCUCCCCUGGGCCCCAGAGCUGACCCUACUCCUGUGCUCCCACUUCAUCAUCCCAGAGCAUCCAGGCUCAGCUCUGACCCCUUCCUUCCUAGACUGUGACUUCCUACAGACACCCAGCAACCUCACAGAACAGUGUCCCAUAUCACUGACUCUUGCUUCUCCUCGUUCUAGUGCCCCCUUCGCUAGAAUGGCCUUCCUCUUGCAG